AUCACACCAGGGAGCAGCGCAGCGGUGAGAGCAGUGCGGGCCGGCCUAGCGACCGACGCUACGGGACUAUGAGCCGGGCAGCUGGGCCGCGGCCGGCCGUUCGGCACAGCGGUUGAUAGCGGCAGCCCAGGGCCGGACAAAAGAGCAGCGGCGCCCGGGCGGAGAGCGAGUGCGGGGAGCAGGACCGAGGGAGCCCAGCAUCGAGCGAGCCGCCCGGCCCCCGCCCCCGGUGCCAGUCCCGGUGGAGAGCGGGAGGCCGGAGCCAUGAGCCAGGCCGAGGUUUCUCCGGCCGCCGCCCCGCAGCGCAUGUUCCAGGAGGCGGUGCGGCGCGGCAACACGCGGGAACUGCAAUCACUGCUGCAGAACAUGACCGACUGUCACUUCAACGUCAACUCGUUCGGGCCCGAGGGCCAAACGGCGCUGCACCAGUCGGUGAUCGCCGGGAACCUGGAGCUCGUCAAGCUGCUCGUCAAGUUCGGCGCCGACAUUCGCCUGGCCAACCGCGACGGCUGGAGCGCGCUGCACAUCGCGGCCUUCGGCGGCCAUCAGGACAUCGUGCUCUACCUCAUCACCAAGGCCAAGUACGGGGCCAGCGGCGGCCGGUGAGGCCGGGACUGUGGGGGCCCAGGCUCAGGACGCGGGCCCGGGCCGACACACGCACACGGCCCGGGCGGCCAGACUGACUUUGGGCCGCUGGUUAAUUCACUGUCGGCUCCCGGCUAUCUACCUCACGAGGCCGGACUCGGAGGAGCGGAGUGCUUGCAGGCGUCACAGCCACGGAGGGCACAAGGCCAGGAUGUGGGCCGGUAGCCAGGCCGGAGGGCGGGGCCCGGGCGGGCGGGGCGGAGCCUGCGGGAAGCGGCCACAAAGGGGCGAUGAUGUAUCAAUAAAUGAUGUAAA